UCAAUCGGCGCCGGCGGGGCCCACUACCGUCUUCUCUCUGCAUCUCUACGCUCUUUACAUAUCUCUCCCUAUAUUUUUGCGAUUCCUGUUUUCUCUCUUCUUUCCUUUUCUUUCUGAAUAUUUUCCUCUGCAACUGAAACAGAGAGAUUGAAAGUCGAAGAGGUUUCGGUUCCUUUUAGUGUUGAAAAUUGAAAUAGUCGAUCCUACAGGACACUGUUAAAGCCUGCUCGUGAGGUGAGAUUCUUGUGUCGUCGUCGCCCGUGACGGACUGGUCGAAGAAGAUCAGAAGCACCGAAGGCAUUCUUUUUCAAGAGUAAUUUAGCUCUCUCGUCGCCAAACGUGCUGAAUAAGGAAUUAACUUCCCUCUGGUUGACAAACCCUAGAUGACACUGGAGAAGGCUAUAUUUCUCCCCUUACACACAUAUCCUCACUAUCUAUACAGAACUCUAUUUUGACAUUACUUAGGAGGGAUUAUGUUUCUUCUGGCGCUUGCCUGGGAUCUUGGAGUACAAAGGGUUUAAAUGAUGUGCUAUGAGAAAGAACCAUGGAACAUAUACCGGAGAAGAGAUUUCCAGUCAAUUCAAAUGAUUACAAGUUGUAUGAGGAAGUUGGUGAAGGAGUCAGUGCCACAGUUUACCGUGCUUUAUGCAUUCCCUUUAAUGAGAUAGUUGCUAUCAAGGUUCUUGACCUUGAAAAGUGCAAUAGUGAUUUGGACAGUAUUCGCCGGGAGGUGCAGACAAUGAGCUUGAUUGACCACCCUAAUGUAUUAAGGGCAUAUUGCUCUUUCACAGCUGACCGCAGUCUCUGGGUUGUAAUGCCUUACAUGUCUGGGGGAUCUUGCCUUCACAUCAUGAAGUCUGCUUUUCCAGAGGGUUUUGAAGAGCCAGUUAUUGCUACGUUAUUGCGUGAGGUUCUAAAAGCUCUUGUUUAUCUCCAUGCCCAUGGGCUCAUCCAUAGAGAUGUUAAGGCUGGCAAUAUCUUAAUUGAUUCCAAUGGAGCAGUCAAGCUAGGAGAUUUUGGAGUAUCAGCAUGCAUGUUUGACACUGGUGAUAGACAGCGUUCAAGAAAUACUUUUGUUGGAACCCCAUGCUGGAUGGCUCCUGAAGUUAUGCAACAAUUGCAUGGAUAUGAUUUUAAAGCAGAUAUUUGGUCAUUUGGGAUAACUGCACUUGAGCUUGCUCAUGGUCAUGCCCCAUUUUCCAAGUAUCCACCAAUGAAGGUUUUGUUGAUGACCUUACAAAAUGCGCCACCAGGUCUUGACUAUGAAAGAGACAAGAAAUUUUCAAAGUCUUUUAAGGAGAUGGUAGCAACAUGCCUGGUGAAAGAUCCUAAGAAGCGUCCUACACCAGAAAAGCUUUUGAAGCACAGUUUCUUCAAACAUGCACGUUCAAAUGAUUAUCUAUCUCGGACCAUUCUUGAUGGACUUUCUCCUCUUGGUGAUCGUUUUAGGAUGCUGAAGGCAAAAGAGGCUGAUUUCCUAGCUCAGAACAAGGUUAUGUAUGGAGAUAAAGAACAGUUGUCACAGCGAGAGUAUAUACGGGGAAUCAGUGCAUGGAACUUCAAUCUAGAGGAUUUAAAAGCUCAGGCUGCUCUUAUUCAGGAUGAUGGAGUUCCAAGUGAAGAAGAUCAAGACAUGAAUAGCAAAUUAAAUGGAUGUAAUGUUGAUUUAGUACCAGAGCAGUCCCCUGAAAGGGUUAACAAUUCUAAUGUAGCACCUGCAAAGGAUGCAGUCAAUGAUUUUAAGGACAUGGAGGAUUCCCUUGCUUCAUUUCCUAUUCGUCCUCUUCAGGCAUUAAAAGGUUAUUUUGAUGUUUGUGAGGAUGAUAUCAAUACAAGCAGCCCAAACUCAAAAGAUGCUGUUCAGUUGGAUUCUGAUCAACAGUGGCAACUACAGUCAGCAGCAAGGCCAGAAGACCCUGAAACUCGACAGGAUGAUGGUGAGAAUUUGGAAAGAAGUAGCUCUAUAUCCAGAUAUGUCAUACUUGGACAAAAAUUCUUGAGUGGUUCACUUCUACCAGAGAAUGGUUUUUCCCCGUCUAGAAAAGUUAAUGGUGAUGGGGACAGGGAAUUUACACAACAAAAAUAUCAACCUGAGCGGAACUACAGUGGUCCAUUGUCAUAUUGUCACAAGAAGGAUAUGAAUAAUAUUACAUCUGUGGAAGAUGCAUCAGAAGGAACAGUUGUCCAGCGGAAGGGGCGCUUCAAAGUCACACAAGCAGAUCUCAGCCCCAAGGCUACUCCUGCAAAAUGCUUGGCCAACCAAGUUUCUGGAGGUUCAACUAUUCCUACUUCUACCAUUCCAGCUGCAUUAGUUCUUCCAUCAUUGCAAUAUAUAUUGCAACAAAAUUCAAUGCAAAGGGAACAAAUAAUUAAAUUGAUUAAAUGUGUGGAGCAAACCUCUGGACAUCACACUGAAUUUGCUGAUUCAGGUACAAGUGACCUGUCACAGGUAUCUCCAACUUCUGCCCGGGAAAGAGAAUUGCUAUCUGAAGUCAUUACUCUCCAGCAAAGCAUUGGCAACCUUGUUGAAGAGCUGCAGAAACAAAAAGCGGCAAAUUCUCAGCUAGAGAAGCAAUUAAAUGAUUUACAUGUCAAGCAAGAAGUGGAGAGGACACGGAAAGAAUGAAGAGCGGGUAUGAAGUUGCCUAAGUUCUGCAACAAUCUCUCCCCCUCCACCAAGAGCUCUUUGGGAUCUCCAUCAAGCUGCCUUUUUAACCCAAGAAUAACGAAAGCAUCAUCAGUAAACCCGGGCUCUUGUUUGUAUUUUUUGUGUACAUUAUAUUGGGGAAUUGGGUGCUGCACGCACACCCAGAUUUUGAAAUGGUGUUCAGAGAUCGUUAUAUAUAGUGUCUUGUAAUUUAAUGAUCCAAUAUUGUAUAUUAUGUUAUGGAAACAAGAUUCAAAAUAUCAAUAUUGCAAAGCAUAUGAAAGGCAGUUUUAGCAUAA